UCAAAGAGGCCAUGAGCCUGCCUACCUCUAGUAAGAGUGGAGACAGAAAUAGAGGGCCUUCAAACCAGUCUUCUCGAACCAGAGCUAUGGACACUUCAGAUGCUUCCAGAUCAGCAACAAGACCAAAGCCUGUGCUAGAGCAGGGACCAACAAAUCCCAUCAAGAAGCUCAAGACAUUGGAAGACUUCAGCACAGAGCUUAACCAGCCAAUUCCUAUGAAAGGACAUACAAUACUGAUAGAUAUAACAUAUUUCCAAAGUGGUGUAAUUGUCCCUAAUCAAGGGAAACACACUUGGGAUGCCAACCAUGUGAAGUUACCACAUCUGUAUCCACAACCUGCAUCCCACCAGUCCCAUACAUCACCCUCUCGGUGGGACGCCACUCGUGAAGCGUUGAACAGACUCACCAAAGGAAGUUUCUCUAUUGGGGAUAUUAAGACUGCAAUAAUGUCUUACAAUGGCCGCUACAGAAACACCUGGACAUUUGAAGCACUUCAUUAUUACGGUCAGAACGUACACGCAAUAGACAAUAAUCUCCACAUGGUGAUCCCAAAGAUGGCCAAACUGGCACUUGAUUUACCUGAUCUCAUUCAGCAGCCCAUUCCUCUACUGCGACAGCAGCAGAACCAGGCCAUAACAUUGUCUCAGCAGCAGAUUUCCUGUCUGUUAGCAAACGCCUUCUUCUGCACCUUCCCUCACAGGAACGACACCAGACCUGGUUCAGAAUACGCCAACUACCCAACCAUUAACUUCAGCAGCCUAUUUGGUAACCGGAAAAAGCCAGCAAAAUCAGUCCUAAAGGCAGAGAAACUGAGAGCCAUAUUCCAUUACUUCAACACUAUGACAAAUGAAAGUUCUCAUCAAGAUCCAGCAUCAAAACCAGAUGGACUGGUUACUUUUGAAAGGAUUUGCAUUCCGCCACAACAGCUCCCUAACUGGAAGAAUCGGAAGGAAACCCUGAAGAACCUUCACAUCUCUUCAGAAGGAUCCAUUGAGCAAGAGGGAACAGGCAUGCUACAGGUGGACUUUGCCAGCAAAUAUAUUGGUGGUGGAGUGCUAAAGUCAGGACUGGUUCAGGAGGAGAUCCUCUUCCUCAUGAGUCCAGAGCUCAUCGUGGCCAGACUCUUCACAGAGAAACUGGCUGAUAACGAGUGUCUAAAGAUCACAGGUCCUCAGAUGUACAACAUUACUACUGGCUACAGCAAAACCUUCUCUUGGGUGGGUCCAUACAUUGAUCUCACAAAGCGGGACACGUGGAAGAGACGUUAUCGGCAGAUUGUUGCCAUCGAUGCUCUGGACUUCAAGAACCCGAAGGAGCAGUACACCAAAGAGACUAUAACACGAGAACUCAACAAGGCAUAUGUGGGACUCUGUGGACAACCGAAAACAGCCAUCGCAACGGGAAACUGGGGCUGUGGAGCUUUCAAAGGGGAUCCUAAACUAAAAGCUCUCAUCCAGCUGAUGGCUGCUGCGGUGGCUGAUCGAGACAUGGCUUACUUCACGUUUGGCAAUGAACAUCUUGCAUACGAAAUACAAAGAAUGCAUGAUAUACUGGCCAAAGAGAAAGUGACUGUGGAAACACUGUACAAGUUCCUGAAGGACUACUGUGGACACUACGCACGUGAACAUCGCUCACCAAAAGACCUGUACAGAUUCAUCAGAGAGAAGAUCGGGCGUACGGAAAGCUUAUUGUAAAUCUGUCUGGCUACUGAGAGAUUCAUAUUCAUAAUCUCUCUUCAGAGAAAAGUAGUCAAAACAUUUCAGCAGUAUUAAAUAUGUAAAGCUGCUUUGAAUGUAUCAGAUUUCUGAAGGAUCAGAAUAAUGAAGUAACAAUACUAAAAAAAACUGUUGUAUGCCAUGUAUUGCCGGACCGCAGGUGUCAUGUUAGUCGAAUUGUUUACCUUGAUUUAAAUGAUUUAUAGUCAUUCAGGAUUUAUAGUAAUCUUAGUAUCAUCUGAUAAAGUGCACAUAUCACAUGUCAUCAUUAAUGCAAAAUAAACACUUUUCACGUCAAAUAUAUAGUUUUCUUGCAACAGUUAUCAGUACAAACAUGCAGACAAAUUGAAACAGAUGCUUUUAUUGAAUGAAGCCUUAUAAUAUUCUGGAAUAAACACAAACCUAAGAAAAUAAAUAAAUCCUUUUAUUUUA